GUUGGCUUGGCGCUCCUUCUUAGAUCUAAAACUCAAAACUUUUCAUCUUCUAUAAAUCUUGAACAUUAAUGUCCCUUCCAAGAAUGAAACCAUAGAAUACUUUAAAUCAAAAUGUCCCAAAGAAGAAGACCAAUUUUCCAAAGAGUUUCGAAACUACUAAAAAUCUCGAUCUUGAGAAGACCCAUCAUCCCAAGACUCAAGCUAAUUCCCAUAAAACAAAGAAGAUCCAAAAGGGUCAAACUCCUUCAGCAACACAACUAUAAAUUUCUCCAAGAGUAUCAAUUCUCUCCUUCAAGUACAUCCUUUAUCAAAUGCUAUGGGAAGAGCAUUCAGAUAUCUAGAUCGGGUCUUAAACGCAUUUACGGGUUAUUGUUUCUUUCUCAGUGUAUCGGCCGGUAUAAUGAAAAUGAUGACACAAUAACGCAAAGUUGGAUGGAGAUGGAGCCUUUUCAUUAUGCCCUCGGAGUUGCUUCUCCUGCAAGGGAGCAUCUGCAGCCGUUCGAUUACUUCAGCGAAGAUGAUUCGAUUGACUUGAAGGCUGAGAGAUUCAUCGAAAAGUUCUAUGAUGAGAUGAGAAUGCAGGCGCGAGAAUUUGCUUGAUUGACCAAAUGUCAAGUGUUAUUAAUUACUUUUUGAAUUUGGGAUUCUUUUCUACUUGUGUUAGUUUUCUUUUACACGUGAUUGGUAUUGUUAAUUGUCUCCACAUCAUAUUUAAGAUCUUGGAGACUCAGUUAUUUCGCUCUAUUUGAGUAUUUGAUUCUAUCCAUUUACAAUUUGAAGUUCUAUCAUUUCCUUGAUUUGAUUCUAUAAGAAUUUAAUUAGAACUAGGCUCUUGAAGUUGAAUAAGAAGUUGGCCCAUUU